AUGAUUACCAGGCUGAUCGGGAACGAGCGAGAUGAUGAAGCAAGGGCCAUAUUGGUCAAAUACCACGCAAACGGUGACUCCAACCAUCCGCUGGUUAAACUUGAAAUGGCCGAAAUGGUCGAAUCUCUGAGAAAAGAAGGCAUGUUGACUUGGCGGAACUUUUUUGAUCUCCGGGUUCUCUUUAAGUCUCGUUCCCGUCGAUAUAGGAUGAUGCUCAAUGUCUCCUUUUCGUGGUUUGGGCAAUUCUCCGGUAACAACAUUGCAUCUUAUUACCUACCUUACCUCCUUGAAAACGUUGGAGUAGCCGAUACCAACACCAAGCUCCUCCUCAACAUCAUUUAUGCCAUCACAGGCUGGAUCCCAGCAAUGGCUGGGGCACGCUGCCACGAUAUAAUCGGGCGGCGCAAGAUGUUGCUAGGCUGUACCGUGGGCAUGGCAGUCUGUCUUGCAAUUGCUGCAGGUACGGCUGCCGGCUACAUCAACACUGGAAGCAGAUCGUCCUCAUCCGCCUCGAUCGCAUUUAUCUAUUUAUUUGGCUCGGUGUUUGCGUUCGCGUUCACCUCGAUGCAACCAGUGUAUCCCGGGGAGGUUAUGUCAAAUGAUAUGAGAGGCAAGGGCAUGGGCGUUUCCCAGCUUACUUCUGGCCUAGCGGGCUUUGUCAACACCUUUGCGGCACCAGUUGCGUUAAAGAAUAUCAGAUAUUGGUUCUAUGUAUUCUUCGUCUUUUGGGACCUGUUCGAGUUUGCGUUUAUCUACUUCUUCUACGUGGAAACGAAGGGACGCACGCUGGAAGAACUUGAUGAGGUGUUUGAAGCGCCUAAUCCGCGCAAAGCUAGUACGACCCCUAUAGCAUUGCGGCGGCAACUUCCCGUUGGCCAAAUUGACGAAGAAGAGCCGAAGCACGAGACUGUUGUUUAG